CAGAAAACACAAGAAGAAGAAGAAGACCUGAGAUCCACAACACCGUUUGAGCGCUAAAAUCGAUGUUCAUCAUGAGAGAGCAGGUGGAUUUGAUUCAUGCUGGAGAACAGCAGAUGUUGCAGACACCAGUGAAGACUGAAGUGAAGCAGGAGAUAAAAGAAGAAAACACAGCAGAGGAACAACAGAGUGAUGAAGGUGAUGAUGAAAAGCAGAUGCUGCAGACACCAGUGAAGAUUGAAGUGAAGCAGGAGAUAAAAGAAGAAAACCCAACAGAAGAACAACAGGGAGAUGAAGAUGAUUUUAUUUCAUCAGAGCUGAUGGAAGUGAGAGAAGAAUGUGAAGAGCUGAAGGAAGUGGAGGAAGAACAACAACAUUGUUUCAUAACUGGAGAAAAAUAUUUAAGUGGCUCAAAGACAGAAGACAAUUUCUCACCUAAAAAUCCUCGAAAAACAGCCAAGAAAUCUUUCACCUGCUCUCAGUGUGGAACAUGUUUCACAUGUAAAAGCAAACUUAGUAAUCACAUGAGAGUUCAUACUGGAGAGACACCUUACACGUGCCAUCAGUGUGGAAAAAGUUUUGCAUAUGCAACCAAUCUCAGGAGUCAUCUCUUUUAUCACUCUGGAGAAAAGCCAUUUGAAUGUGAUAAGUGUGGUAAAUCAUUUGUUCUGGCACAGUACCUAAAACGACAUCUGAAAACUCACACAAAUGAGAAGCGUUACAAGUGUUCUUUUUGUGGAAAGAGUUUUACACGCCUGUUCUAUUUGAAACAGCACCAAAAAAUACAUACCGGUGUAGCAGCUCAUGUGUGCUUUGAAUGUGGGAAGACCUUUACUACAGCCGGCAACUUGAAACUGCACCAAAGGAUUCAUACCGGAGAAAAACCCUACAAGUGCUCACACUGUGGAAAGAGUUUCACUCGGUUAGUAAACCUGAAAACACACGAGAAAAUUCAUACUGGAGAGAAACCUUACAAGUGCUCACACUGUGGAAAGAGUUUCACUCGGUCACAAGACCUGAAAACACAUGAGAGAAUUCAUACAGGAGAAAAACCAUACAAGUGCUCACACUGUGAAAAGAGUUUCACUCAGUCAGUAAAUCUGAAAACACAUGAGAGAAUUCAUACAGGAGAGAAACCAUACAAGUGCUCAGACUGUGAAAAGAGUUUCACUCGGUCAGAAAUACUGAAAAAACACAAUAUAAUUCAUACUGGAGAGAAACCAUACAAGUGCUCACACUGUGAAAAGAGUUUCACUCAGUCAGAAAUACUGAAAAAACACAAUAUAAUUCAUACAGGAGAGAAACCAUACAAGUGCUCAUAUUGUGGAAAGAGUUUCACUCGGUCAGAACACCUGAAAACACACAAGAGAAUUCAUUCUGGAGAGAAACCAUACAAGUGCUCAUAUUGUGGAAAGAGUUUCACUCGGUCAGAAAACCUGAAAACACACGAAAGAAUUCAUACAGGAGAAAAACCAUUCAAGUGCUCACACUGUGGAAAAAGUUUCACUCGGUCACAAACCCUGAAAACACACAAGAGAAUUCAUACUGGAGAGAAACCAUACAAGUGCUCACACUGUGAAAAGAGUUUCAAUCAGUCAGUAAACCUGAAAACACAUGCGAAAACUCACACUGGAGAAAAAACGUACAUGUGCUCACACUGUGGAAAGAGUUUCACUCUGUCGCAAACCCUGAAAACACACGAGAGAAUUCAUACCGGAGAGAAACCAUUCAAUUGCUCACACUGUGAAAAAAGUUUCACUCAGUCAGAAAUCCUGAAAACACAUGAGAGACACCAUACCACUCAGGUCCUGAAAUUCAAUUCUGAAAAUGGAGAGGGAAUGGGUAGGGAAUUCCCCCCUUAACUCUUUCCCCGCCAGCGUUUUUAAAAAAAAGUUGCCAGCCACCGCCAGGGUUUUUGAUGAUUGUCGCUAAAGUUUAAUGGCCCGCAGAAUAUUUUCUUCCAUGAAUAUAUGAAGAUGCUUUAUAUCAAAAUAAAGAUCUGAGCCUCUGCUUUUAGGCAAAAAAAAACGAUUUUAUUUUAUCUUCAUUUGUUCUUUUUUUAUUGCCACUUGAACAGAGAUAGCUUUUGUCAAAAAAAAACAUUUCGAAAAAGGCAUUUUUAUCAAACAAGUGCUUUAGUAUUAGUAUGGUGUUCCACUUCACGUUUGAGACGAUCGCAGUCUGUUUCUUUGAUCAAAGAGUUGCGUACUCUUUCAAAACAUGCGUGCGGGUCUUCCUUACCGUAUACCACCUAAAACACGGAUACCCGGAAAAUUCCGUGUUUGGCGGGGAAAGAGUUAAGGCCUCAAUAUACUUACGAAAUUAAUGAACGAACGGGAGUGCUGCUAAACCACCUUACUGCCAUUUGGUCUACGUCAUUGGUAGGUGUGACAAGGAGCUCCAGCUACCUUGAGGCUGAUGGGUAAUUUUUAUGUUGUUCAGUGAAUCAAAAUCAGUCAACAUGCACACAUUGAUGUGCAGAGUUAUUAGCAAGCUGGUGCAAAUGUACCUACAUCUGUACGACCGUUCACUUUGAGACAUUUUCCAAGACCAAGUCACUUUUCUCAAUUCCUGUGUCAUUCAGAGAACCAGGGUCCGAAAUCAACUUUUCCAUAAAGGAGCAAUAUUUGAUUUCCUUCCUGAUUUUUUUACCUUUACAAGGGCAAUUUUUUCGAUUCUAACCUUAUAAAAUGGCCGUGCCAUACUUUUAUGUUAUCAUUUAAACAAUUAUUUCAAUCUGAAAAGUUUCAAUAAUUACAAAAUUGCAUGAUCUGUACAUUGCGUAUGUUGUUACUGAAACUUUUUCUCAUUCACAUGUUUCCAAAUAUUUUGGCUAAUAAAUUAACAGCUUACAAAAUUAAAGCACCGACAUAGAGGAGGAGGUGACUCCAUUUCUUCAUCUUUUUUAACAACUCUUUUAUUAAGAAUGUUCAAAGUGGGCUCACAUUGACUGAUUCAAUCACAAUGGAGAUUCAUUUGUUUAUAGAAUACUUGAGAUGUGAUUGAAAUAAACAAGAAUUUAUACUCCCUUUUCUGAAGUGUUAUCUUAAUCAUGCUGUCUCAAAAGUACAAUGCAUCCAUAAAGUAUUCACAGCGCUUCACUUUUUCCACAUUUUGUUAUGUUGCAGCCUUAUUCCAAAAUGGAUUAAAAUUAUUAUUUUCCUCAAAAUUCUACAAACAAUACCCCAUAAUGACAACGUGAAAGAAGAAUUCACAGCUUUUGCCAUGACACUCAAAAUUGAGCUCAGGUGCAUCCUGUUUCCACUGAUCAUCAUGGAGAUGUUUCUACAAAUUGAUUGGACGUGAUUUGGAAAGGCACACACCUGUCUAUAUAAGGUCCCACAGUUAACAGUGCAUGUCAGAGCACAAACCAAACCAAGUCCAAGGAAUGGUCUGUAGACCUCCGAGAUAGGAUUGUAUCAAGGCACAGAUCUAGGGAAGGGUACAGAAACAUUUAUGCUGCAUUGAAGGUCUCAAUGAGCACAGUGGCCUCAAUCAUCCAUAAAUGGAAGAAGUUUGGAACCACCAGGACUCUUCCUAGAGCUGGCCGCCCUGUCAAACUGAGCGAUCGGGGGAGAAGGGUCUUAGUCAGGGAGGUGACUAAGCUCCAGCGUUUCUCUGUGGAGAGAGGAGAACCUUCCAGAAGAUCAACCUUCUCUGCAGCACUCCACCAAUGUAUGGUAGAGUGGCCAGAUGGAAGCCACUCAGUAAAAGGCACAUGACAGCCCGUCUGGAGUUUGCCAAAAGGCACCUUAAGGACUCUCAGACCAUGAGAAACAAAAUUUGAACUCUUUGGCCUUAAUGGCAAGUGUCAUGUCUGGAGGAAACGAGGCACCACUCCACCUGUCCAAUACCAUCCCUACAGUGAAGCAUGGUGGUGGCAGCAUCAUGAUGUGGGGAUGUUUUUCAGCUGCAGGAACUGGGAGACUAGUCAGGAUCGAGGGAAAGAUGAAUGCAGCAAUGUACAGCGACAUCCUUGAUGAAAACCUGCUCUAGAGUGCUCUGGACCUCAGACUGGAGGGAAGGUUCAUCUUCCAACAGGACAACGACCCUAAGCACACAGCCAAGAUAACAAAGGAGUGGCUACGGUACAACUCUGUGAAUGUACUUGAGUGGCCCAGCCAGAGCCCAAACUUGAACCUGAUUGAACAUCUCUGGAGAGAUCUGAAAAUGGCUGUGCACAGAUGCUCCGCAUCCAACCUGAUGGAGCUUGAUAGGUCCUGCAAAGAAGAAUGGGAGAAACUGCCCAAAAAUAGGUGUGCCAAGCUUGUAGCAUCAUACUCGAAAAGACUUGAGGCUGUAAUUUGUGCCAAAGGUGCUUCAACAUAGUAUUGAGCAAAGGCUGUGAAUACUUAUGUACAUGUGAUUUUCUUUUUCUCAUUUUUUAUAUUUGUAAUAAAUUUGCAAAGAUUUCAAACAAACUUCAUUCACGAGAAUAUGGCGGCAAAUGCGGCCGGAGAGAAGCCGCUUAAUGGUGUCUGCCCGUUUACCACGUGUCUCCUCUUGAACAAUAAUUAGGGGACAAAGUUUAGCUUUAUCACCAAGUUAUCCACUAGCCAAAUGUUUGUGAGGGGUUGUGUGUGUGUGUGUGUGCGGUUAGUGUGAGAAAGUAAAGUGAUCCACCGAAGCCGGUUUCGUGAUCGUGGGAGAGAAGGCAGAUGUUAGUUUAGUUCACACAGAGACGCGGUGAACGAAUCGUAACCCGUCCCGCAGUCUCUAAAGCAGUGGUUCUCAACCUUUUUUGAACAAACACCCCACUGACCUCUUCAUGAUCCUCUUAACGCCCAAAAAAAAAAAAAAAAAAACACUUCAGAAAUACUAUUACAGCCAAACAAUUGCAACACUGAUACCUGAAGCCUGAGUUUUUGGUAAAAAAAAAAAAACUGAAACAGAAGUUUCUUAUUGUAUUUAAAUGUAAAAGCCUCAAGUUGAGUAAUAUUGUGUUUGGAAAAAAAUGCAAAAACACAUGGAUUGUUUGAAAGGUAUUGCAAAUGUAUUUAGAAAUUCAAACAAAUUCAGGCUCACACACAAAUUUUUUUAAGAUGAACCAAUCACGUGAACAAUAAUGUAAAUAACCUAAAUGGCCAAUGAAAAAUCAGCGUCGUUCGUGCACUCAAUUAGGCAAUAUAUACUAGGCUUCAAAUUUGAAUAGCCUACAAACGGUCAUUUGAUUUCAAAUGACGAACAAAGAUGACAACAGCUCGGCCACCUGAACUGAACCGAAGAAAAAACGACGUCAAAAACAGCCACUUUUUUUAAAUUAAUUACGGUCAUUAGUGUGAGCCCUGAGCACUAAUUAUGCGCCUAAUUAUGUAUUCCGCGUUAUGUACAGAAAAAGCCGGUGAAAGCGCGCCUCUAUUUUGCGCUGAAAAUUCUCCGCCUCUUAAAAGCGUGUGUAACUUAGGAAGCGGCUCUCCUGGCAUAUCCUCCUGGUGAAGUGGCAGCAGUAAUCCGAGCAAGACGAAGACAUGGGCUAAGGAGAAGAGCUAAAAAGAUUUUUGCGCAGGCCGCCUGUUGAGUACCUCUGAGUAACGCCCCCCAUUUGUGCCUGAGCGCCCCCCUCUCUGCUGCCUCGUUCACACCGCCCCCUCAACACUGUCCAAACGCCCCCUAGGGCAAAACAAAGUACCUCGCGAGGGAAACACUUAACGUAAAUGCGCGUAACUAACGUAAAUCAAGCAGGCUAGUAUGCAGCAUAAGCCACGAAGUGUUGGCGAAAUAAAAAAUUAAUGGACAGAUUUUUUUUUUCCAGAAAACUUCUUGCACAAAAUAAAUUCAAGCACUUUCAAGGACCUGUAUCUAUGUAUGUUUAUUUUCAAGAACUUUCCAGGGCCUUGAAUUUUAUUUUUCAGAUUCACAAACUUUCAAGGACCCGUGGGAACCCUGCUAUUAUUACAUUAGCUAACUACCAACUAACCAGAUAAAAUUAACAAAUUGACAAGCACUUACUGGGCAGAAUGGCUCUUCAAAUGGCGGACGAAAUUGGAGGUUGUCGUCUGGCUGUCCGCGAUCUUAACGUCGCAUGUCUUGCAAAGCGCUGUUCGUCUUUUGCCAUCUUGAUAAUAAUUUUUGAAGCCGAAAGCGAUGACCCUCGGUAACGUUACCCCUCCGGCUGACAUGUUGAUGUGUUAUCUGAUCUAAUGGCGCUUUUCCAUUACCAGUACCAGCUCGCCUCGGCUUGCCUCGCCUCGGCUUGCCUCAACUCGGCUCGCUUUUCGCUCUGUUUUCCAUUGCAGACAGUACCGCCAAAAAUAGUACCCGGUCGUCAUAGCGACGCCGCAGGAAACUGCCGUGACGUAAUCUUAUGCGCGACACACAUAUCCGCUACCCACACACACAGGACAAUGGAGGAAAUCGAGUGUAUGCUGUUUCUCACAGCAAGAAGACAAACGUUGUUUCAUGAGAGGCUGAGGGCAGCAAAACGAAACACUGCUGAAAAAAACAGGAGAGUUUGGGAAUUACUACAGAGUUCAGACUACGAGACGAAUCCGGUUGUUCAAAGCCGACGCAAGAGGGUAAGUUAUGCUAACAUAGCUAACGUUUGCAUAUGUGUAAAUACUAUACUAUAUGCAAAGUAUUUAAUCAACUUUAUAGCUACCAGUAUUACGUACUAAAAUGUGCAUGGUUUAUGUGUUUCAGAUCCGUUUAGCUUUGCAAAGUCGCCACGGCAGACCGUCUGUUUGGGCUUUCAACCGAGCUACCGAGUGGUGGGAUGUUAUUGUUCCUGGUUUCACAAACGCGCAGUGGGUUCAGAACUUCAGAAUGUCGGAAGAAACAUUCAUAUAUUUGUACAACAAACUGCGUCCAGUGAUGGAGAGACAAGACACAAGCUUCCGCAAGUGUGUUCCUCUAAAGAAGAGAGUGGCCAUCGCACUAUGGAAGCUUGCAACCGGUUCAGAGUACAGAACUAUCGGCCAUCUUUUCGGAGUAAGCAUAACAACUGUUUGCCGGUGUGUUCAAGAGUUCACUGCUGCUGCAGAAACGUUGUUGGUUCCCGAACAAAUCCGUUACCCAGACCAGGAGAAGUUUGAAGAAAUGGCUGCCUACAUUGAGAACAGAUGGGGGCUCCCGCAGUGUGUUGGUGCUAUUGAUGGAUCACACAUACCCAUUUUGGCACCACAGGAGUACCACUGUGACUAUUUCAACCGUAAAGGCUGGCACUCCAUCGUCCUUCAAGGUGUUGUAGAUGGAAAAGGACUGUUCUGGAACGUGUUUGCAGGACUGCCUGGCAGCUUGCAUGAUGCUCGUGUUUUAAGACUGUCCACAUUGUGGGAGUUGGCCAGCCGUGGCAACCACUUUCCAACUUACACCAGGAAUAUUGGUGGGGUGAAUGUUGGCUGCUACAUCCUGGGAGAUUCUGCCUAUCCCCUGCAGAACUGGCUCCUAAAGCCAUUCACUGACACUGGACGGCUGACAGUAGAACAGCAGAUCUACAACAAGAAAAUAUGUCGAGCACGGGUAGUGGUUGAAAACGCUUUUGGUAGACUGAAGGGAAGGUGGCGUUGCCUCAUGAAAAGAAAUGACUGUGAUGUUACAAUUGUGAAAUCUAUGAUUCUUACUUGCUGUGCUUUGCAUAACCUUUGUGAGAGUCACGGAGAGGACUAUGACAAUGACUGGGAUGCACCUGCAGCAGCAGAGCCUGUGGUGCCAGUGGCACAGGGUGUUGAGGAGGAGGGCAGAGAUGUACGAGAGGGUCUGAUGCGUUA